AUGUUCGCAGGUUCUACGGAACAGUCGGCUACCAAAGAUUGUCCAACCUGUCAAAGGCGACGUAUCAAAUGCGAUCGGGGCCUACCCGGCUGCCGUAAAUGCAGCAAGCGGGGUCUGGAGUGCCCUGGUUAUGGACUGCAGCUCAAAUGGGUCGAGGGUGUGGCCAGUCGUGGUAAUCUACGGGGCAGAGCAGUCCCAUCCCUAGAUGUGCCGGUCACUACUUCAGGGAUGUUUUCAACGGAGCACAAUAAUGUUGCAAGUGACAUUAAUGCCCUCAAUGUAUACAAUUGCCACAGGCAGGUGCACUCGUCGUUACCGCAGCCUUACCAAUUCCUUCCGAAUCUCUGCUUGUCGCCAGAUCGACCGCUCUACAUCUCGCAAUUGCUGCGAUGGUUUAAUGAACGAGUCGCUCAUCGCCUUGCGUGGGUCCCGCACCAAAGUGCAUGGCGACAGAUGGUUCUACCAAUGGCCGAACGUUCUGAAACCGUCCUCUAUUCCAUUCUCGCUAUCGCCGCCCAUGACCUGGCAUCCGAGUACCCUCCAAAUGAAUUGGGCCACAGGACAUUCCAGGAUAUCUCAAGAAGUUACCAGGAUAAAUCUCUCGCCCUUCUGGCCCGGGAGCUGAACAGACUUUCAUCUCUGUCGUCUGCUUGCACUUUGGAAGCAAGCACAACAUCCGCCUACACCCUCGCCUCUGUUAUCAUUCUAUGCAAUAAUGAAUUCAUGAAGCCCCAAGGCGCCGGAUGGCGGGUCCAUCUUUCCGCCGCGAGACAGAUCAUCUUGGCAGCAGGUUACCAGCCGUACCAACACAAUGAGCUAGCCUGCAUCCAAGAGUUCCUCCUCCUGGAAUUCUACGAGACCUCGGUAUGGGCUGAUCUGACAAACUUCGAAGACCACGAAAUGAUCCUCAAGACGCCCCCUGCCAGCACCGAAAACGCCGUCUUUACAGACUUCAUCCUCGUCAUUGAUCAAAUCACGCGUCUGGAACGUCUAAAAUUCCGCUCCGAGUCGAUCGGACACCAUUGCUCAUACGAUGUCAUGCAAGACAUCCUCCCGCAGAUUGCAUCGGCUCGGGAUGGAAUGAUGCGUCUAAGUGAAAGCAUUCACUUCGCGUCUGAAGCCGACAGACGCGGCUUCGAACUGGUCGUGUGGAUGUAUUAUCACGCGACUCUCAUCUACAGCCAUCAGGCUUUAUCCCCGGAUCCUGAAGCAUCCAGUUAUCAGGUCAAGGAGUCUCGUGAUGAGAUCAUCCGCUAUGUACAGUCUCUUUCUGAGAAUCGAGAUAGCAUGUUCGCGCAGGAUCUCAUCUGGCCGCUUUUCUUGGCUGGAACUGAGCUGAGGGGAGACAUUGCUGGUCAGAAGGUCAUUAGGGAGGCUUUUGCUAAUGUUAUGCGCAUCAGUCGGAGUUUGGAUAGAGCGCGUGUUCUAUCGUUUGUGGAGACUUGGUGGAAUGAUCCUGGGACUUAUACGUCUUGGAUUGAUAUGGCUCGAAAGCAAUCUCAGCUGUCGCAGUGCGACUUUCUUAUUAUAUGA